AUGCAGUCGACAACAUCAGUGCAUCACCGGCCUUCAGACCCUGAACAGUCAGCGGUGCCGCGCUACCACAAGCUGACGUUUCCGUGCUAUGAUGGGGCGGAAGAUCCGUUGGGAUGGUUGCUCAAGUGCGAGCAGUUCUUUAGAGGACAGCAGACCCGGGCCGUCGAUUGGGUGUGGCUCGCAUCCUUCCACAUGACCGGCAAGGCCCAGAUGUGGUAUACCGUUCUCGAGCGGGACGCCGGGCGACCGACAUGGGAUGAUUUCAGUCGGCUUUGUCAGCAGCGGUUCGGCCCUCCCCUCAGCACCAACCAUCUCGCGGAUUUGGCAAGGCUGCCGUUCUCGUCGAAUGUUGAAGCUUAUCUGGACGCUUUCCAGGCCAGAUUAGCACAUGCAGGCCGCCUCUCGCCGUACCAGCAAGCACAGCUAUUCACCGGUGGACUGCCAGAUCAUAUCCGUGUGGAUGUCGAGCUCCACGAUCCGCAAGACUGCGAAGAAAGCGAUGCGCGCGGCACGCGCGAUAUGAACGCCGAACGGCCCUCAACGGUGGCUUCACGGGCGCCACCGGCGGCGCGCCGGCCGCAGUGUCUUCACGCGCCGCCACGGCGCGCCUCUCGACGUCGGUAG